AUGGAAUCGUCCACCUCAGAGAGGGUCGAGUUACCGGCCUCUUUUGAGGACACUGACAUGGACUACCUUGCGCAGCUCAUAGCUGACAUGCUUGAGCGGUUAAUGGUGCACAACGAUCGCAUACCCCUUCUUCCUGAGAGCCUGACACGGUUCCAUUCAAGAUCAGCACCAAACAUCAGUGUUCUGGACUAUCUCAGGCGUAUCAUUCGCUUUACAAACGUCGAGAAAUCAUGUCUGCUGCUUACUUUGCAUUAUGUUGAUCAAAUCUGCGCACGAACCCCUCUUUUCACAUUGUCCUCCCUCACCUGCCAUCGAUUCGUUAUUGCUGCCAUCGCAGUGUCAAGCAAAGGCCUCUGUGACACCUUCUGUACGAACAGCCUUUACGCCAAGGUUGGAGGAAUAUCCUUGUCGGAGCUUAACCUCUUGGAGCGAGAGUUUCUCUCAGCGAUUGACUGGCGAUUGACGUGCACACGCGAAGUCCUCCAAGAAUACUACAUCAAUCUCGUCCGAACCCAUAGCUCCGGAACCUUCGUUAUCAUUGGCCCUCAGUCUCCCACCAUGACAUCGUCGUCCAGCGACAUCGACAUAGAUAGCACACAGUCUCGCUCCGUUUCGCCUAGCGACACCCCCACCCGAUCGAUCCGACACCGGCAUCGUCCCUCUCCACAUGAGACGUCCGCUAUACUCAUUGACACUUCCAUGCUAGCCCCGGAAGCCCCUGUUCGAGCCACGCUCGAACAAAAUAUGGCCUUCGCUGCCCUCCAGCAGUCGCGGGACACGCCUUCAUCGGAGGAUGACAGAGAUCAGACUCGAGAUCAACCUUCCCAGCAUCAAUGA